GACAAAAUUAUUAUAAAAAAUACAUGGAUAAACUGGCUAGAUGGAGGUCCUUUCGAGGAAAAGUAUGAACACUUUAUGGCAAUUACUUCAAUCAAUUUAAAUCCAAAUAAUUCGAAUAAUCAAAUUUUUGAAGAGUUUAACAAUUUUGUGGAAACCAGAAUUAGAUUGGGACUUGUAUUUAAUAUUGAAAAUAUUUCUGAAAUUGAUUAUUGUCAUGCUAAGCCUGGAAGAGUUUGGAAUAAUGAAAAGUGCCCUUCAAUAAUUACUGAAAUUAUGAAUAAUGAGUAG